UCUGAGGGUAUAGCUGGUGUAAUCAUUUCAAUGUGUAACUCCCCAUAUAAACAGUGGUUAAAGCACUGGUUUAACCUUAAAAGUAUUGGCAAGCAUGGGGAUGAAUAGAAACUAUGGAAAUGCAUAGUGUCAAGGGCUGGUCGACCAUUGCAAGCUGCAAAAUGACCAUCAGACACACUUCAAUAAGUGUCACGAUGCCACCCUUAAAAGCAUUGCCGUUAGUAUACAAAAGCUGCAUCUAGCAGACUUCAAUGAAUGGCUGCUAGUAGCAGCUCCGUUAGCAGGUGCUUGCAAAACAAGCCAAUUGGAACGCCUGAUUCUUCUCCAAAGUGAUUAGUCCAUUGGUCGUUCUAAACAACACGAUUUAAAAGCAGUAUUGUGUCCUGACCCUGUACAUUAGUACGUGAUUAAAACAAACCCUUCGCAGGCAGGCUCCAAAUGUCACGUUCUGUCAACUCACAUGCAACCUGCUGCAACGUCAGCCCCAGAUACAGCGCAUCGGGGCAGCUACUUCAACCUGAAGCAGUGAUCCCGCCCACCGCUGCACUUAGAAACACAAUCAAGUUGUCAAUCAGAGUGGCUCUGGCCAAUCACUUGGCAGGGGAGCCCCUUGUUGUUCCUAAGAGGUAUUGAUUUUCACACAUGACAGAGCUCGCGGGAGAUACCUAUUGAUUCACCUUUGUACACCUUGUUCGUUUUAACCUGUCUUUGGAUUUCUUGAAAGCACGUUUUUAAAGGCAUGUUUGUUAUUUUUUUUAGACCGAUUACAUUAUUUCAAUAGAACCUGAUUGUGUGUUUUCGGGUUGGAUAUAGUAAUAAUAUGGGCAGUCUUAACAAUAGUGUCUGAUAUGAUGUGCAGUUUUUAAAAAGGCACACUGUAGCGAUUAGUUUGUGUAGCGGGUGCUUUACGCUGAUACGUUUAAAACGGUGAUUCUUGUAUGUAGCAAUUGCACGUUUUAGUAUUAAACAAACAAUCGGCAACAUUACAGGGAUCGUUGUAAUCGGAGUGCAAUGAUGCGAAAUGAUGCGUCUUUAAUAUUAUGAACUUGAAUUGGUACAAUAACUGCUCUCCGGAAAAAGCGGGUAUUUUAAAGGUUUGCUGUAUACAGUACGAGCUCUGUGAAGGACGCAGCUAACACAGCCGAGCGGAAUCGGAGCGCCCCAGCCUCUUCCACCUUUGUGCUGUGAAUUCUUGUCACUCUUGUUUUCCCCCUUAGCAUCUGAAAAGGCAGCCCCGAAUCGAUGGCGCAGAUGUUUCUUUGACAAGACAAUAACGCACAUUACCGACCUUCGUGACUUUGUGCGUACUGCAGAGCUGCAGUGGAGAUGCAGAGGAGACUAGUUCUACUGAACUCAGCCCGUUGGGCACCGCGCCAAACCCCAGCUUUGCCCUGAGGGCCUCAGCCAGAGUUCCAUGCAGCUCCUGGACCCCCUCAACAAGUGUGCACUAGAUGGAGCCUGAGUCCUUGUGAAUUGACAUGGAUGAUGAAGAUGGCACCUGUUUGCUUGAUGUUUUGUGUGACCCCCAAGCCCUGAAUGACUUCUUACAUGGGACUAGUGAGCAGUUGGAGACUGAAGACUUGCUCAUCAACGCUGCUGGGACAGACAGCUCCCUGUUCACUGAUUCCACUAGCCCGGUCUCCCUGCUGGCUGAUGACCCCCCUGUGCAGGACGCCCCUCCCCCGGGCUGUGUGGACCUGUCCUUCCUGGAGGAGACUCUGCUGGGCUCUCCUCCCCGAGCCCCGAGUGAGGGUCCAGGGAGCGAAGAGAGGGGCGAGGAGAGGGAGGAGGAGGAGGAGGAGGUGGAGGUGGAGGAGGCCUGCGAUAUCCUACGACAGAGCCUCCAAGAGGCCGACAUCACUGAGCAAACCCUGGCAGAGGAGGCAGGCCUGGCAGCGGGAGCCCUGACCCAUCCAGGGGAUGUCCUGCCCUUGUAUGAGGCUCCGUCCAGUACCCCCGCCCCUGCCUCCCCCUUCCUGCCCAAAGCACUGACUGUGCACCCGCUAGUGCAUGGGCUGGUGGCAGGCCUCCAGAACGUACCCAAAGACACCCAAGGGGCGGUGGACCCCCCCCAGCCCUCCUUGAUGGCUGUUGGCCCUGGUUGCCCCUCACUCUUGGGAAAGCCAGCCCCUCCCCAGCUUAUGAGCCUCCUCCCAGGGACCGUUUUCCCCACUCCGACCAUGGAGCCGCCUCUCACCCUCAACCCGGCCCACAGCUCCAGUGUUCUGAUCCAGAAGGCCCUGCCGAACUUCAAUGGGAGUUCUCUGUUCACCAGCGCCUCCAUUGCUAAUGCACUCCGAACCAACCCCCAGCCAGGCCUCUUCCUUCCCAGAGGAUCCUUGAUGCCCAUCCAGCCCAAACUACCCACCAGCAUUCAGCCCAGGCUUGUCCAGAUCAGCCCCAAACCUCCUGGCACUGCCAUCACGUCUGCCCAGCAUCCCAACCCUCCAUCGGGGCUAGCCUUCGUCUCUGGUAGUCCCUCACAGAACCUCCUCCUCUCUGGGCCGCCACACAACAGCAUCGUCAAGCAGCAGCAGCAGCAGCAUCCUCCUCCCCAGGGCCUGGCCAAGCCCGUCAGCUUGCAGCUCCUGAACCAAGCCGGCAGCAUCGUCAUCCAGCCCCAGGGCAUCUUCCCAGCCCCCAACCAGUUCAUCCUGCCGGGACAUCUGGCAGGCAACCCCCCAGUGACGAUCCCCCAGCCCACGGCUGGAUUGACCAACCAAAGCUCUGCCGGUCAGCCAGCCCAAGUGGUCAGGCGGAACUCCUCUGGUCAGUUGGUGGACACAUCCCAGAUCCUCCCCGGGCAGUUGAAUUUUGGACCGGUGUUCACAACGCCCAGUGGUCAGUUGGCAGUGAGGCAGGGCACCAUCCUCUCGGGCCCCCUCCAGUUCCAGCCUGGUAUCUUCCAGAUGCCAGCCCACCUGGCCGGAGCUUUCACCCCCCAGCCGCCUGGGCCUCGAGGGGGAGCAACGACUGUGCAGCCGCCCCAAACCCUGCUCCACAGCGCCCCCUUGGCAAACCAUAUCACAGUGCUCAAUAGCUCUGCAGUACUGGGUCGAGCAGUGAGUGUCCAGCACAGCGCAGACCUGGCCUCGCUGUCUAUUGUGAAUGGACAGCCCGUGGUCCCGGGACAGCGGCCCACACUGACUUCUCUGUUAGGGGCAGAGGGAGCCCCCAGAGCUCAGCCCUCAGCAGCACACAGAGAGGAGAGUGUGCUUGGACUGCAGGGACCCCUCAGUAAUGGGCAGCUCCUACACCUGCAACAGUCUCAAGUUCAGAACCAAAUCCACCUCCAGACUGCAAACCAAAUCCAGCCCCAGUCCCAAACUCAGCUACAGAUCCUGCCUGCGGCGGCGCUCCAGUCGCAGGCUGUGUCCUCACUCCAGGCCCAAGCUUCAGCUCAGCUGCUGGACCCGGCUGCUCUUGUGAAGGACAGCCUGCCGUCAGAGCCAGCAGGCCCAGGCCCCCGAGAUGUUACUGGGAACAGCGCCGACCCCAAACAGCUCGCAGUACAGCAUCUGCAGCAGCAGGUCCUGCAGUUGCCAGACCCGCCUCCCACCAGCAACAGUGUAACCACUCCCUCCCUGCUUACUGGCCAAACAGUGAGCCUGCCAUCCACACCAACCAAUCACAGAGAGACAGCAGCCCCCACUAAUCCUGUGAUUGGACAAGCAGUGACCCUCUCUUCUCCGUUGGCCAAUCAGAGGCAGGCAGUGACACCCACUCCCCCAGUGAAUGGACAGGCAGGGGCCCUGUCCUCCCCUCUCCUCGGACAGACAGUGACCCUCACAAGCUCACAGAGUAGGGCGACUGUGACCCUGCUGACCCCAGUGAGCCCCCCAGAGACUCACCUGCCCCCCUCUGUGCAGCAGUCUGGUCUCCCCGUGCAGCCUCAGACACCUCCCCAGAUACCGUGCCAGAGCAAGCCCUCUGCUGUCAUUUCGGUGGACAGAAAGCUGAGCCUCGGGGUUGAACCCGAAUCCCGACAAAUUCAGGGGCUGGUCCAGGGCCUACAUAGCAAGCCACUGGGGCAGGCAGGACCACAGCGUCCAGCCCUGACGGUGAGUGUGGAGAGGUGUGUCGUCAGUCAGCUCACAAGACAAAGGUUUCAGGAGCAGUUGCGCUGUCAUCAGAGCUCUGUGAUGGAUCCUGACUGCACGUCUGCAUUCGUCUCGCUCCAGGACACACUCUGCCGACUCCUCCCCUACCACACCUGCAUGGGGUCCCUGCCCUCGACAGGGGAAUUCCACAUAGUGGAUGAGCAGUUUGGAGCGGUGUCCAGCCUGCUGCUGAAACGCACCCAGGAGAUGCUGAGCAAGUACCGUCUGCUGCUGCUUCAGGAGGCCAGGCAGGUGAGUCCGUCGGCAGAGAUGGUCAUGCUGGAGCGCUUGUUCCUGCAGGACGAGAGGAGUGGGCUGGGAGAGGAGCGGAGCAGAGCCAAGCUGGACCCGGACGGCUACAUCGCCUCAUUGUACAAACCUGCUUCCAGCCUCUCUCCGGCCGCUCCGCCUGUCACGGCCCCUGGCUCAUCUGUGAUCUCUCCCCUGCGCGGGGCCUCCAGACUGGGCCGGGGCAGCCCGCCCUGCUCCCCUCCUCGAGGGCUGAGGACAUACCCUUCCAGCAGCCGGGGGGGGCUGAAACUCACCAUAAAGCAGGAGGCUGGCUCCAGGAAAGUGGUGCGCAACUCAGCCUGUGAGUCCCAGGGAGAGGCCACUACAGCUGAGCAGAGCCGGGAGUGUUUGGGGGGGCUGACGAAUGGGAACUCCACUCGGGGACAGCGAUGGGAAGGUUUGGAUUUCAGGGAAGCUCUCCUUCCUCCUGCCUCCCCCCCUCUGGUCCCCAAAGCUAUGGAUCGGCAAGACUUAUUUGAUGCCUACCGGAAUGGGCCGCUGGCAGAGCGGAUAUCGGUGGCGCAGGCUGGGCCCCUGGUGAAGCAGCAGGAGGCGGCAGGGCCUGUGUUUUCUGGCCGAAGGACGGUAGAAGACUCUCUGGAGGCCUCCUGGGGCCAACCCCCUCCCCAUGCCAAGCGCCCGCGAUCAGAGGCAGAGGAGCCGGGCUGCCGGAGCCCCCCGGAUGACAGUGCCCUCACUGAGGACCUCCAGAGUGCCAUCGACAGCAUCCUGCUGCUGCAGAGACUGCAGGGCCAAACAGCCCCAUCCGAGCCCCCACUGCAGGACUUCCAGGGCUGUGGGACCUCAGCGCUGGAGGAGGCUGUCAACAGCAUCCUGGAGGAGCAGAUGUAGCUAGAGGUCAGGCGGGACACAUAGAGUGUGCGACUCGGGCUGGGGUGCAGUUUGAGUGAUGGUACCACUUUACUUAUACAGUAAAACCUCUCAUAGCCAAACAAGAACCGUAAAAAGAUAUUCUUCCCCUUUGCCUGUAAAUAUAUAACAUCUAGUAGUUGUUAGAUACUGAGAUCCCAGAGAUUGAGAGCUGAAAAGUGCAUUUUCUAUGACAAGGCAGGAGAGCAAAGCAUACAACAGGGCGGGUUACCAGGUGUUGCUCGGAGGAUAACAGAGGUUUUACUGGAGUGGCUUUAAGAAGUAUGGAAUGACAAGUGAUGAGGACAUAUACGUUGAGCUGAAUAUGCCAAAAACGUCAGUCAUCUUCUGUCCCAUUGUUUUGUUGGUUUUGUCCAAUCAAAACUAAAAAACAUGGUAGGGUUUCAUUUUGACUCAAAGGCUUUCUCAUGGUCUUCAAUUUGUUAUUUAGAACUUCUUAAUCUGCCAAAGUUAAAUUCACAUGCAUCUCAGCCAAAACUGAUCAAAACUAAUCAAAACUGAGAACUAAAACCUAAAUUAUUAAUUUAUUAAAUCUUAUCCUGAAUGCGUUAUUCUCUGUGCUCUUGUAUCAAAUGAUUCGUUAUGAAGAAACCAUACUUCAUAAAACUAAAAUGUCUAGUGCCGGCGCAAAGUAAUCUGUUAGUGUUUUAGUCUGUCAGACUGUUACAGUGUCUUUCUCAAGACAUUUGUCUCAGUUGUCAACUGGACUGAAGUUCCAUUGGUUUUAUUAAUAUGUUAUCAUUUUGUUAAUAUUAUAUUGAAAGACGAGGGCAAUUUGAUAAAAUGAUUCUCCAAUGAUGUCAGCAAUGAGGAAACCCAAAGGCAAAGCAUGGGGUGAGAACAAACAGUUCCACUAAUAGAGCUGUUGUUUUGAAACUGUUACAAUAAUAUAUUGAGGACCAGCAUUGCCAAUAUUAGUGCAAAAUUGACUACAUUCAUUUAUUAAUUAAAAAGGAUUUAACAAGGGAAAUCAAUGGAUUUUAAAAUAUAUACUUUUCCGUAUACUUUUCUUAAAAGAACAUUCCUGGGUGUCAUAGUGCCACACAUUGUUAUUCAUUUUAUACACGCAGUGAAACUGAACAAAGACAUGCACAGAACUGUAGUUCUGAGGCAAUUUCACUUUAAUAUUGAGAUUACUGUACUUCAGUAGCUAAGGGCAGCCCCCACAGCCAGAGUGAAUGAGGAUCAGUGUAUUGCAUUGAAUUGAUAGUGAAUGUUAAACUUUCUGGCUACUGGAAGAAGCAAUUAUUGUCGGGGGAGUGCUCUCCUUAUAAGACUUAUAAGUUUUAUAGUAAAUUCUGUUUCCUUCACAGCACUCACAUUCCCAAUUGAAAAGGAAGCAGCAAUUGACCAGCUUCCUGUAUAGAUUUACAUAUAUAUUUAUAUAGUUAUUUAAAUAGUUCUUAAGGUAUUAUUUGGUGUGGUAUGUAAAAUAUUAAAAUGACUUGUUUUUAGUUUGUAAAUCAAUCCAAAGCACUUUUUUUAUUGAAGAUUGCUGAAUAAUUUGACCCCGUGUUUCUCCCCAGUUUAGAAUGUUCAAUUCCACUUCCUCACUGCAGCAAUUCCCCACACAGCUCAGGAGGACUGAAGCUCAGUGGAGGUCCUCCCAGCCCAUGACCAAGCCAGCUUCCUCUACUACCCCCAGGAACUCGAGGCCAUGCAGGUGGGCACCUGAUCCCACCAGACUCCUGGCCAGCAGGGGCCGCUGUAGCGCAGUGAGGAGAUACAGUCCGUGGCGAUUUCCCAAACCCUGAAGGAGUGCCAGAGCCAGUGCUUCCAGAGGAAUCCAUAGUCAAUAUCCACAUUCAAGAAGCGCUCCACUGACUGUAUGAUUGGACACCUUGCGGUCGUGCCUUUCCCAAGUGAGUCACUGAGAGAUCCAAUCCAGAGCACUUUCAGCCGUUGCCUGUUAGAAAUGGCAUUGUUGCCGUUCAGACUCACGCGGUGCCUGUUUAUUUUUCUCACUACCUGUAUUCAGUGUUUGGGCUGUUGUACAUAUUGACAGGCUAGUCACAUAGGACUGACAGUAGGCAGUUCAGUAGUCUGUUAGGACGCUUGUAAUUCCCUAAAUAUGCCUUGAUAUAGCAGCUACAGUUUGGCAUGUCCUUUUCAAAUAAAUCUUAACUUAACAGCCGACUGUGCUGUACUACAAAUUGAACCUGCUUGAGCUCCUUUGCGUUACCCUGGUGUGCCUGCUUUUCAAAGCUAACAGUACUAAUUGUGUGUAACUUUACAAUUUGCUCAUUGUAUUUUGAUCCCAGAAUGUUCUUUCAGCAGCUGUAGAACAGUGAGUGCUUGAGAUACAGGAGAUACACUGCUCUGUUAGCAUUGGCAACAUUGCCGCACACUUUUUGUAGUUCUUAUUCUGUUCUUGCCCCUUUUUGACUGGGUUGCUUUUUCCAGUACAACACUUCCACAUUUGGAAAGGGUUAAAGAUGUAAUGUUUUCUUUGUUUCAGGUCCUACUAUUUAGAAAUACUGAAAGAAACCAGUUCAGUGACAAAUGUCUUUCUGAAUGGCUUUAGUCAAGCCAAAACCAGCGCAGAGGGUACCAGGGGCAAUGUUGCUAGUGUGAAUACUUAACACUUUUUAACACCUUGCUUAGAAGUAGGGCUUCUGUUUUUUGUUUUUUGAAUUUUAUUUUUCAGUUCAUAUUUUUUGCUAUUUACAAGAUACCCCGAAAUCUGUCAGGGGCUUUCGCUUUUUAUAUACUGGAUGAAAUUAUUGUUUUCGGUUACUUUCCAAAAUGC